AUGGCCACCAUUCAAUCCCCUGCCAACCGAAGCCCCAACUGUGGAGCGAAGACUGGAGGUGGGAUCACCGUUAAAAGAAAGAAUCAUCCAUUUAUUGUUUCCUCUCUUUUUGAUGUCUUUGAAAAUGUCGGACCCGAAGUCAGCGGCAUGUACGGUUUUCGGCAUUCUCACACUACGAUCGUUACCCGCGACGGGAGUGGUGAUUCUGUAGAAUGGGUAAUAAAAUGUGUAGCAUAUGGUGGCACUGAUGGUAUACUGGAUGUCGACGGUGUUUAUUGUCUUAAGGGAAGGUUGUUGGCUCUGAAUCAAAAGGAGACCCAGAAAUUUUAUUACGAACCCGACUUUCAACUUUUAGCAAACACCUCCAAAAAUUUACCUUUCAAUUUGGCAAACGGCGUAAGUGUUACAGGUCUGGGCAUAAUCGAGACGCGUGUUGUUGAUCCAGUCGAGCCUGGAAAAGAAAACAUCUUUCUCAUUGUCAAACAUUCCGAUUAUAAUCCAGACAUUCAAGCUCAAUCCACUUUCAAAGUCGAGUACCGUGCCAUGUGGUCAAAACUCAUGGAGAAACUUCAACCAUUAAUGACGGAAGGUCGAGAGGUUAUGCUUACUGGCCAUAUAGUAGGUCGCAAUGAAAAUGAGGAUAUGUGGAUUGUCCAGAUGACCGGGGUCAGCGUUACAAGUGGUUCAGAGAAUGUGUCGGCACCUGUGACUGUAGAUGGCGCAUCAAGUUGUGCUACACCAAGGGGUCGAAAACGUGCGAAAAUGAUCUUCACGGAAUCAAACGGGACUGGGCCAUUGGCUUCGACGUCAGGCUCUGCUCAAGUUGCCGACGAAGACCCCAAUGUCAAAGGCAAAGGGAAGUCUUCUGGAAAGCCUGUCCCUAUUCGUCAAGUGCCAAAAAGGCCAAAAGGCACCGCCUCUGAUGCCGACAUCUGA